AUAACACCAGUGUCUCCAGACCAUCAAGAUAAUUAGUUCCCUACCCAACAGCUGAAGCAGAACCAGUUAAACUGACUCAAUAACUGGCUUUCUCUCAUUUCAUGAAUAUGUUCUGCAGUACAGCUGGACGGACAAAGCUGCUGAUUCUCUUCUGCCUACUCAGUUCUUCUCAUGGAGCGAAUCCGCAGUGGUUCCAGAAGAUCUCCACAAAUCUCUUCAAGUCUCCUGGAGAUAUUGUACUUGGUGGACUUUUUCCCAUCAAUCAGCUGACCAGCAACCUGACCGAGAGAGUGGAACCGGACGAUAUUCAGUGCAAGAGGGUUGAUCAGUAUGGCCUCGCGCUGGCAUUAGUGAUGAAGUACACCAUAGACGAGAUCAAUGCCACGCCCGACCUUCUGCCUAACAUCAAGCUGGGCUUCGAGAACUACGAUGACUGCGGACAGUCUGCCAUUAUUAUGAAGCCCACGCUGCUUUUCUUCACCACGAACAAGACCGACAUCAUGGAGGUCAUGUGUAACUACACCGAGUACCAGACCAGAGUUCACGCCAUCAUUGGACCGUACAGCUCGGAGAUGGCGGCUGUCAUUGGCCAGCUGGUGAGCUUCUUCCUGAUGCCACAGGUGAGCUACAGAGCCACCAGUGAUAGCUUCAGUGACAAGCUGACCUACCCCUCGUUCAUGCGCACUGCCCCCAGUGACAGCUGGCAGGCCCUGGCCAUGGUGCAGCUACUGCAGACGUUCAGCUGGAACUGGGUGGCGGUGAUCGGCAGUGAUGAGACUUACGGCAAGCAGGGUCAACAGCAGGUGUCCCAGAACGCUGCUAACGGGGGCAUUUGUGUAGCCUACGAGGGGCUGAUACCAGUCUACGAAAACCCGGUACCCAUCAUAUCAGAGAUCCUGGACGGCAUAGUGGAGGCCAAAGUGGGCGUGGUGGUGGUGUUUGCAUCCUCCACAGCAACCGCCGCCUUCUUCAAAGAGGUAAUCAGGAGGAACAUGACAGGAGUCUGGCUAGCGAGCACGGCGUGGGCCGUACACAGCAGCAUCGUCACGCUGACUGGCAUUCAGACCGUCGGCACCGUGCUGGGCUUCACCGACAUGACCCAACCCAUCAGCCUGCUCAGUCCAUACGUACAUCAGCUUUUCACCAACAUGGAGGAAGAGAGACUCAAAAUGCAACUCACGCAGCCGGGUGCUGACGUUUCUCCUCUGGAGAACCCGUGUCCAGACUGCUGGAGUCUUUCUCCUGCAAACGUGAGCAUUGUGGAAACCGAGCUGGUGCAGCGCACCGCCUUCAGCGUCUACUCUGCCGUCUACAGCGUGGCCUAUGCGCUGCACAACAUGCUCGGCUGCAACGCUAGCAUGUGUACUGAAGAUUACAAGGAGGAAAAUAUAUAUCCCUGGCAGUUGUUGCCAUGGGUACAGAAGGUUUCAAUGAAACUGAAUGGAGCAGAAAUUAAAUUUGACUCAGAGGGAAACCCCAGUAUCGGCUAUGAUUUGUUAGCCUGGGUCUUUCAGAACAACACUGUGAGCUUCCAAGACAUCGGGACCUUCGUCCAGAACCUGACGAUUAAUAAGACACUCAUAAAAUGGCACACGAAGAAUAAUACGAUCCCCACAUCUAAAUGCUCCUCUGACUGUCUAUCAGGACAAGUGCGUAUUGUUAAAGGAUUUUAUUCCUGCUGCUUUGACUGCAGUGACUGUUCAGAGGGAACCUACCAAAACAGAACAGAUGAUAUCCAGUGCACCAAAUGUCCUCCGCGCCAGUGGUCCACAUUCCGCAGUACCAGCUGCGUCUUCCCCACCUACGAAUACCUGGCUUGGUCCUCUUUUGAAUCAGUAGCUCUGAUCCUGGCUGGACUUCUGCUGCUGUCUUGUCAGGCAGCGAUGGGUGUCCUGUUCUUCCAGCACAGAGGGACACCGCUCCUGAAAGCACUGGGAGGACCGCUGUGUGGCUUGGGCCUGCUGAGUCUGAUGGGAAGCUGUAUUAGUUUGGUGCUGUACCUGGGUCAGCCAAACGAUGUUAUUUGCCGUUUCCAGAUCCUUCUGUAUGUCAUGUUCCCCACUGUGGCCCUGUCCACCCUCCUGGCUAUCUCCAUGCAGAUUGUUUAUGUGUGUGAGUUCCCUGAAAAAGCUCUGCAGAACAUGGAGAACAUGCAAGGCCUUGGCAGCUGGAGUCUGGUGCUAGCAUGUUGUGGUGUUCAGUCAGGGCUCGUUGGCUGGUUUAUCCUUGAAGGGCCUUCGCUCACCAAGUGGGUAGAUAGUCUGGAAGUGAAUUUUGUUAAGAGGUUCCUGCCCUGCCCUGUUGAACCCAUACUGAACUUUGGCCUCAUGCUGGGUUUCAACGGUCUGCUGGCCUUGAUCUGCUUCAUGUGCACCUUCAUGGCACCAAAGCCCGUCAGGCAGUAUAACUUUGCUAGGGACAUUACCAUUGCCAGCCUGAUCUACUGUGUAAUUUGGGUCAUAUUUAUCCCAAUCUAUGCUGGCCUGGAUGACAAAGAGAAGACGAUCGCUCAAGUAGUGUUCACUUUGAUUAGCAAUGCAGCGCUCACGGUCAGUUAUUACCUUCCAAAGUGUCACCUCCUGGUCAAGGAGCCAGACCUCAACAAAAAUGAAUACUUCGCCUCGAUCUUAGAGGGAAUCCCACCGAUUCCACCUGAGGAGCCACCACCAGAUAAAAAUAAGCAAGAUCCUAAAAAAGAUAAUAAAGAAGACAAUAAAGAAGGGGAUAAAAAUGAGAAUAAAGAGGAAAGUAAAGAGAAGAGUAAGGAGGAAAAUAAAGAGGAUAACAACUAAGCAUGUUGUGAAAGUGAUAGACAUCUAGACAGGGGUGGAAAGUAUAUUUAGAAAUUAUACUAAAAAUAUCACUCAAUUAAAUGUAGCAAAUCCAAAACGUAAAAAGUAAAUUAGUUUUAAAUGUACUCAAGUAUUAAGAUGCUAAAAAAAAAAUGAUUUGAACUUGGAAUUAUGCAGUCACCAUGUUUUUAUGUAAAAAAUAACUUUUAUCACUUAGCAAAAACUGUAAAUAUGUUAUAUAACUAUAGUGUUUUUAAAGUAGGCUAAAUAUAGGCAAUCAAGUUUAGUAAAGUAGGUACAUUUACUUUAACAUUAUUUUUUUAAAUCAGAUGAAGUUCAUAUCUCUAGGGAGUAAAGAAGAUGCCUUAUUUCAUACAUUUGUGCGACGUAAAACAUUUUACUGAGGUAAAUACUCCAAACUGCAGUCCAGUAGCUUUUCCCUCAUUAGACAGAUAGCUAUAGCAUUAACUACAUUGCAUAUUGCAAUUCACAUGAUUCUUGACUGUUCUUUUCCACAUUAAUUGGCUUAGGAUUGGAUGCUUUAAACUAAACUGUGGAUUUGCCUACUUUUACUGUCUACUAUUAGCUGGAUGGUUAAGGUGUCACCGCUAAGGUCUUAGUGGUUAAGGUGUUGGACUCCUGAUCAGAAGGUUGUGAAUCCCAGGUCCACAAUGCUGCCACUUCUGGGCCCCUGAGCAAGACCCUUAACCCUCAAUUGCUUGUAUAAAAUCAGAUAAAUGUAAGUCGAUCUUGAUUAGAGCGUCUGCCAAAUGCCAGAAAUGUAAAUGUAAAUGGAUGAGAGGAGAAGAAGAGACUUUGAAUUUGUAACAAGAACUUUAUUCAUUAUUAUUAAAGGUGCAAGGUGUAGAAAGUAGGCUAUGUCUUACUCUUAAUUAAGUAAUCAGAGUGUAAUCAUUCAACAAUCCUCAAAUGAAGUAUAAAUACACCAAAAUAAAGUAGUGAAGUAUGAUUAAUUAAGAGUUUUCCACCCCUGCAUCCAGGCUAAUUAAAGGCUCAACCAAUCAUGCUAACACUGGCACUGUAAAUCAGUAUAUACCUCUCUAUAUAUAAAUAUUUAUAUAUGUAUCAUCUACGUUAUUUCUUCAUUAUUCCUGUCAGUUUAUUAUAAAUAAAAUCAGAUUAAAACGUUUUUGUGUUCUUGUCUGCAUUCACCACAAAACAUAGUACAUUUUUCUAUGUGACUUAGCGCCUCCGUAGGCUAC